GGUUGCUAGGUAAGAGCUGGGGAGGGGAGUACAGUUAGGCAUUGUGCUCCUGCUGCAGGUUGAGUAAGAGCGACCUGGUAAUCAGGAAUACAAGUUCAGUUUAAAUAAAGUUUCAGGAGCUAAAUAGACUUUAAUGUGACUGAAGUUAUCUUUUAGAUAAUGUAGAGUAUUUUGAGGGAGCUGUUUUUAUCGCAACAGGAGUGAUCGGGUCUGAUCUGCUUCAGCAACCUGCGCUUUUCCUCGGCUUUAAUACAAAGGAGUAUCUGUCCGCUGUGCUGCAGGUGGAUAACUGCGCUCAGGUGAGGCGGAAGCGAGGAAUCAGCCUGCUGCUCGAUGUUCCUGGAUCACCUGAAAACAGCAGGAUCACUGCUGUUAAAGAUGGGCGAUAAAUCCAUGCAGUGAACGCUGGACCCAACGAAAUGGACCCGAGCUGAUGAGCCGAACUCCCAUUCUGCCCUCACUUGGCCCCUGCUGGUCACGGGUAGAGAUGGCAGCGUGUCUGGAUGUGCCUGGAGUUGUGGUCGGGAGUGUUUUACUGCUAGUGCUGAGCAGUAAUCCUGCGUGCGGGAAUUUCACUAUGCUUGCAAGUGACAGCCAUUCUAAUAACACCGCUGGACCCAACAUUGCAGCUAUCGUGGCCCCAACAGUCACCCUGGGUGUUCUGGCGAUAGUCUUGGCUGUUGUUGCCUGGCUCCUCUGCGUGGUGAAAAAGAGGAGACAGACUGAAGGGACGUAUAGACCCAGUGCAGAGGAACAGUCCGGUGCACGCGGCGUGACGGCACCUGAUGCACUAAAGUUACCAAAGGAGGAAAGACUCAUCUGAGAGUUUCUGCUUUUGUGUUUGGACAAAAUCCUGUGAGGACACUGUGUGACGAGGUUCUCUCCCCUGAGCCGAUCAGAGACAGAAACGUCUUCCCAGGUGUAAGAGAGGACAGACCGCCAAGACUGAGGCACCACAACUGAUGCAUUUACUUACAGCUUUCAUUUCAACCUGCACUGACUGGGUCCUGUAUGGCACUAUGAAGAAAUGCACCUGGACGUAUGGAUCUAGCUGAUCUUAAGAACAGUUGAACAUUUCAAGGAGGUUUUGAACAUUUCCUCUGCACGAAUGAAACAAGAGCUUCAGUAUUUUAUCACAACUAAUAACUAUAGUUUAGAGAUGUUUUCUCAUUUCAGUUGCCUUAAUAUGUCAUUUACUCCACAAUGUGAUUUUGAAAUACAGUCACUAGCAAAAUCAACACCAAUCUUUACCUCAAGCUCAUUUCUUUUACUACUGAGAGUCCUGAUGAGUCCACUGCAUUUUAAAUCGAGACAAAUGUUUUUUAGCUGAAUGAGUGUGAUUAAAUAUCUUUUAAUAAUGCAAAAACUCUUGUAUUUAAAAAUUAAAAAUGAAGUUAUACAAAUUAUAUUGCGCAAAAGCAACGAUUGUUUACACUUCGAACUAGUUUAAAGUCUUGUCUUUCAUUUCAUGAGACCAAAAAUGCAGAUAUGCUUUUACAAUGUUGCAUGUUUAUUUAAGCUUUUGUCAAAUAAAAAAUGUUUGUGUUCACAAAACAUUCAAACAUUUUAAAGCAUCUCCGAGGACAGUUUAUACAAUGCAUUUAGUUACUGAAGCUAUGAUUAUAUUUCCCCUGCAAUCCCAGUCAAAAUAACACUUUGGUAGGAAAAUAUAAAUGUACCAUAUCUAAAAAAAGAUCUUCACAAAAAUGGGAAAAUGUAAACAAGUUCAUAACUUUGCACGAUGAGUCACUGGAUGAUGAAACACCUUAGCAGAUAAGCAGGACUGGUUGUCAUAGGGAAAAGUUCAUCUCCUACAACAACCUGUGAGAUGUUACCUGUGAAACACUGAGGCCUUUGUUAGUCUCCUUGGAAGGAAAGGUCACCAUGGUGUAAUGAAAAAUUGCGGAGAGAGUUUAAUCUUUUUUGUACAGGUAUUUGUAUAAACAGAAAUAUUUGGAAAGUAGAGGAAAGCAGGCCAAAAUAAUUUAACAUCAACUUUUACUACAGAAAAUAACACUGUAGUCUAGAUUUGGACUAAUGAAGGGUGGGAAGGUCCCCACACAGACGCUCCCCUCACAUCAGUUGAUUUUAAACUCUAAAAUGAAAUCACCUUUUUCUUAAAUUAAAGAACACAUCCAGGCAUGGUUCAUAAAAAAAGACAUUUAUAUGAAAAUCAAAGUACUUUUUUAUUCCAUCCAGAUCCAUGGUGUCUGUGGCUUAGAGGUAGAGUGGGUCUUCCACCAAAUGGAAGAUCGGUGGUUCAAUCGUGGCUCCUCCAGUCUGCAUGUCGAAGUAUCCUUGAGCAAGAUACUGAACCUUAAAUUUCUGUCGAUGGCUGCUCCACCAGUGUGUGUGCGUGUGUGUGUGUGUGUGUUAAAAACUGACUAACAGGUGACGCUUUGUAUAGUAGCCUCGGCCACCAGUGUGUGAAUGGAUGGAUGUGACUUAUAAUGUAAAAAGUCCUUUGAGUGGUCAGAUGACUAGAAAGGUGCUGUACAAGUGCAGGUCCAUUUACCAUUACCAGAUACUGAUAAUAUUGGACUAAUUGACUUAGACUGAAAAGACAGGUA